AUGCCCACGCUCGUCAUCUACAAUCCCGCCUGCGGUGACCGCACCGCAGCCCAGUUCUUCUCCACACACGUCCUCCCCCUCCUCCACUCCGCCGCCAUCGCCCCCGCCGCCGUCCACGCGACCACCCACCCGGGCCACGCCGCCGCCCUCGUCGCCGCCCAGCUCGACGCCGACCCCGCGCCCCUCACCGUCGUCCUCGGCUCCGGCGACGGCACCCUCCACGAGAUCAUCGAGGCCCUCACCAACACGCCCCCCGCCGCCGUCCGCGCCGCCGCCGCCUUCCAGCUCGCCUUCGCCCUCGUCCCCUGCGGCACCGCCAACGCCCUCUACGCCGCCCUCUUCCCCCCCGCCCCCGCAGACGACCCCACCGAGUACCGCCUCCGCUCCCUCCGCGCCCUCCUCGCCGCCCCCGCGGCCCCCGCGCGCCCGCUCGCCCUCGCCCUCACCACCCUCGUCCCGCCCCCACGUGCCGCCGCCCCCGCACACACCGCCGUCUCCGCCGUCGUCGCGUCCACCGCGCUGCACGCGUCCAUCCUCGCCGACUCCGAGGCCCUGCGCGCCUCCGACCCGUCCCUCGCGCGCUUCCACACCGCCGCGGCGCAGAACAUCGCGCGCUGGUACGCUGCCGCCGCGACGCUCCUCCCCCUGCGCGCGUCCGGCGCCGUCGAGCGCUGGGACCCCGCCGCGCGCGCGUUCGCGCCGCACCCGCACGGCACGCCCACCGUCGACGUCCCCGGGCCCUUCGCGUACUUCCUCAGCGUCGUCAACGUCGACCGCCUCGAGCCCGCGUUCCGCAUCGCCCCUGCCGCGCGCGUGGACCCCCCGCGCGGCGCCGCGCUCGACGUCGUCAUCGUCCGCCCUCGGCGCGACCCCGCGGUGGAGCUCGACUCGGACGAGACGCGCGCUGCGUUCGCGGAGAAGCUCAAAGCGGUUCUGGGCGCCGCGUACCAGGACGGCGCGCACCUCCUCCUCAGGUACGCCGAGGACGGCAGUCUGACCACAGAGGGCGACGGCCCCCUCGUCGUCGAGUAUGUCCGAUGCGGGGGAUGGGAGUGGGAGCCAGACGCUAUCGACGACAAGGCACACCUCGUCUGCGCCGACGGCGACAUUCACGAAAUCCCGAAGGGGGGCAAGGCGACAUGCAAUGCGGUGGCCCCGAAGGAUGAGAACUCGGGCUUUGCUGUCUAUGUAUGAUUCUCAUUCACGAUCUCGAUAGGCUCUAUGUCACUUUAUUUGCAGAGAAAGACGAAUCAAGAUGCAAUUGUAUAGAUCCUUGUAGCCUGUCGAUCUUUGUAGUUAUGAUGCUGUGCUGUACAAACGGACCUAUGUUCUCCACUGGUAUCUAGAUCUCAUUGUUCAUGCAA